AUGUCAGGAAGUUACUGGUCUUCCACUCAAAGAUACCAAUGGCAAUAUACCAAAGAAUCGCUGGCAAAAGAACGACAGAAAUUGUGGUUACUGGAGUGCCAACUCUUCCCUCAGGGACUUAAUAUUGUGAUGGACUCGAAACAAGGAGGUUUUGAUCAACCAACGACAAAAAAUAUUCCUAUCACACACAAAGACUUACAUUAUGAUAAGGAUUAUAAUCUGCGGAUCUAUUGCUAUUUUUUAAUUAUGAAAUUGGGACGAAGGUUGAAUAUUAGACAAUGCGCAUUGGCGACUGCUCACAUCUAUCUAUCGAGGUUCUUACUCAAGGUUUCUAUUCGUGAGAUCAAUCUUUAUCUAUUAGUGACUACUUGUGUCUAUUUGGCGUGCAAAGUGGAAGAAUGCCCGCAGUACAUUAGAACGUUGGUCAGUGAAGCUAGAUCUCUAUGGCCCGAAUUUGUUCCACCGGAUCCCACGAAGGUCACAGAAUUCGAGUUCUAUCUUAUUGAAGAACUGCAAAGCUAUUUGAUCGUUCAUCAUCCCUAUAAAUCGAUGGAGCAGAUAGUAAACGUUCUGAAGGAACCACCGUUUGAACUAAGAUUGUCGCAGGAUGAAUUACAGAAUUGUUGGUCACUGAUCAAUGAUAGCUAUAUCAAUGACGUUCAUCUGAUGUAUCCGCCGCACGUUAUCGCUGUUGCAUGUCUAUUUAUCACCAUUUGCAUCAGAGGCAGAACCGUCAAGAGUUCUUUGUCCAAUGUCGGUAAUAAAGGCGACAAUGUGAUGGAUACAGAUCCUAUCUUAACUCAAGUAGUGAAACAACAGGAGAUUGUCAACAGAUUUGUGGCAGAAUCGCAGGUCGAUCUAGAGGAAGUGAUGAAUACUGUGCAGGAACUAAUCACGCUGUAUGACCAUUGGGACAAGUAUCAUGAGCCGUGGAUAAAAUUUCUAUUGCAUACUCUAUACCUGAGAACAUCAGUACCGAACACAGCAAUGUCUUAA